UGGACAACAGAUCCUGGUGUAAAGGGAUGGAUGUUUCGAUUUAAUUUGAGCCACUUUCGCUGAAGGCGGGGCAGGGAGACAUAAUUGUUGACCUUCACAAGGAAAAGAGGGAAAGACCCAAUAGGCAGCCUGCUUAGCAGAGGAGAACAGGGGAAGUACGGAGGAAAGAGGGGGAAAAGAAACAGAGUGAGAGAGAAGGAGAAAGCAAGGUGGGCGAGCAGAACUCUGUGAGUGUGAAGUGACAGCAAGAGGAUUCAUCAAACGAGGGCAGGAACCAGCAACAGGACCAUGAAAGCUGGGCUUGCAUACUGCUCUCUUCUUGUCCUUCUUCUAAUCACAGAUGUCUGUGGCCAGCGAAGACCAAAACCAAAGCCUGUCCGUCCGCCUACCACUAGGAAACCUCCUGCUCCCAAGAAACUGUCUUCUCCUGCCCCAAAGUCUGAGCCCGAGCCCCAGGAACCCACAGACUUUCCCCCUCCGAUCCUAGGCCCUCCCUCUGAAUUCCCAGACUGCCCCAGAGAGUGUUUCUGCCCACCAUCUUACCCAAAUGCUCUGUACUGUGAAAACUGCAACAUCCGGAAGGUCCCGGUCAUCCCGUUCCGCACCCACUACCUGUACCUACAGAAUAAUUACAUUGACCAAGUAACCGCAGACUCUUUCAAAAACUGCACUGAGCUUAAGUGGAUAAAUCUGGGAAACAACCGUAUCCGUUCAGUGGAGAAACAAGUGUUUGAGAAGCUGCCAAACCUCCUUUACCUUUAUAUGCAGAGGAACGAGCUAAAGGAGGUGCCUGAUGACUUGCCGGCCGGUCUGGAGCAGCUUAGACUCAGCCGCAACCAAAUAUCAAAAGUCCCACCUGGAGCGUUCAGCAAGAUGGAACAUCUCGCACUUCUGGAUCUGCAUCACAACAGGAUCAGUGACAGCAGCUUGGGCAAGAACAUCUUCAAAGAUCUGAAGAACUUGAUUCAGCUCAACCUGGCCCACAACAUCCUCAGGAAGAUGCCUGCGAAUAUACCAAAGGGCCUCUUCCAACUGUUCUUGGACAGAAAUAACAUUGAGGAGAUUCCACAGAGCUACUUCAAGGAUUUCACAAACCUGGCCUUUGUGAGACUUAACUACAACCAGCUUAAUGACAAAGGUCUUCCAAAGUUGGUGUUCAACGUGAGCUCACUGUUGGAUUUGCAUUUGUCCCAUAACAUGCUGAGCACUAUUCCCCUGUUCAACCCCGAGCUGGAGCAACUUCAUCUUAACAACAACAGCAUUGAGAGUGUUAACGGCACUGAGAUCUGUCCCUCUAACUCUCUCAACAUGCAUGAUGAGAACGGAGCACCCAAACUGAGAUACCUGCGUCUGGACGGCAAUCACUUGAGUCCUCCCGUCCCCUCAGAUGUCAUCAUGUGCUUCAGACACCUUCAUGCUAUAGUAAUAUAAGAUGGCUUGAGUGAUGAACAGAUUGAUGCAUGCCUGUGCACAGCCAGGCCUUCCUGUCUACUUGACAGUACUGAUUGAAUCAAACAGUACCGGAGAAAACAAGUAAAGAAUGCAUUUUUUCCCUUUAUUUUCAGGAAUGUUUCAUUGUGUAACCUAAAAACCUUCAAUGCAUCAUAUUUAUUGAAUUUCCUGCCUUGAAUACAACUGAGCAUGAGUAUUCUGCAUUAAACGUUUCUACGUGAUUAUACAGAACAGAAGCAGCAGCGAUGGCUGAGUGGAAUGAAUUAAACCCUAAAAAUAAAGGUACAUUAACGGACGUACUGUGCAACAAACAAGCGUAGUUACAAUUAAGGAGUAUAGGGGUAGACUAAGAUACGACGAAGCAAAAUGAUAAACGGGGGAAUAAUGUAACUACUGUGUAGUUGAAAAUGCCCUUAACGUGCCUGUGUUUUUAACGUACUGUGUGUAGUCCUGCCUUUAUCUUGUGUCAGUAUUUCUAUAUAAAUAAAUGUGUAAAAAUAAUGCUCUAUUUCAACAUACUUGUUUUUAAAAGUCAUAUGUAGAAUUCGCCUGCUAUAUUCCUCGCUUCACGCAGCAUAACAUUAUAACAUAUAACAAUAAAACUAGACAACAAGCAGAUUUAGUGUAUAAUUUACUAUACACUUAAAAUUAAACGUUCUAAAAGUAGGUUUUCGCAAAGAUGCCAUAGAAAAAGCAUUUUGCGUUCUUUAAAAGAAUCAUUCACUAAAAUAACACUUCAGUUUAGGGAUCAAUUCUCACUAUGAACUAGUUGCU